AUGUUUAUUUCUCCCCCACCGUUCGCUGCCGGUCGGUGGUCGCCAUGGCGUUGGAGACGGUGCCCAAGGACCUGCGGCACUUGCGGGCCUGCUUGCUCUGCUCGCUUGUCAAGACCAUUGACCAGUUUGAGUUCGACGGGUGCGACAACUGCGACUCCUAUCUGCAGAUGAAGGGGAACCGCGAGAUGGUCUACGACUGCACCAGCUCUUCCUUCGAUGGCAUCAUUGCAAUGAUGAGCCCAGAAGACAGCUGGGUCUCCAAGUGGCAGCGAAUCAGUAACUUCAAGCCAGGCGUAUAUGCUGUGUCCGUGACUGGCCGCCUACCCCAAGGCAUCGUGCGAGAACUGAAGAGCCGUGGAGUAGCCUACAAGUCUCGGGACACGGCUAUAAAAACCUAAGAAGAUCUCGUGCCCCGAUCCUGCACCUCGCAGGCUCCCCCUUCUGUAGAGACUGCUAUACAGAGCAGCUCUAAUGUCAUGUGAGGACGAUCUCUCUGUGGGGGUGGUGGGCUUUGAUGAGAGAUCAAGCGUGUCCCGGCUAGUAAAGGCGUCCUUCUCCUCACCCCUGACAGCUAGGGGACAGCUUUCUUCCUGAAAGGCUUCAAGUCGGAGCGCCAGCAAUGCCCAAGGAAAGCGUCCUGUGAUCUCUGUAAAUAUUUUUAAUAAAUUUGGUUCUGGGGUCAUA